CAUCUCAUCCUACUCUGAACCCAGAGGAGGUUUUCCUACGCAGAGCGACACAGAGCACUGUACUAUCGGGGAAGGUGAAGCCCAGUCUGCCGCUCUCCUGAUUGGUCCACGUGGGUAACUGUCGUUCUACGUCAGCGAGUACACAUAUAAAUCCCCGGUGAGUCCGCCCCACUUUACCCUUACUUCUCACAUCGCAGUUCAAAAAAUUAAACCAACAGAAAAAAAAAAGGUCAGAGAGAGAGAGAGAGAGAGAGAGUCUAGAGAGAGAAAGAGGGAGGGUCAGGGCGAUACGGUGCGGUCCUCUUUCGGUCUCUUCGUUUCUGUCUUCUUUUUCCUCUGUGUUCCCUCGAACCCAAAAGCCAAAACCUCUCCUUUUCGUUCGUGUCAAAUCUCAGCCGUCCGAUCAAAUGUUACGAGCACCGACCUCGAGCUCCAAACCCCGACUCGGAUAAAUGGAACUGACGGAUUCAGCUGCCGACGAACUCAGAGCAGCGGCAGCCGCCGCCGCCAACGCCGAGCCAACUCGCUCCGUACUCAGCAUCGAUCUCAAUGAGAUCCCUUCUCCUUCCGAAACCCUACCCGAUUCCUUCGACGUUGUCCGGUCUUACCACGACCACCCUUCGCCGCCUCCCGGCGGCCCGGCCGGAGUUCCCGGCUCAGCUCGAGGAUCCGCAUGCGCCGCCUGCGGCAAGCCCGAGGUUCGCGGGCACGUGGUGGUCUGCGACGGCUGCGAGCGCGGGUUUCACCUCACAUGCGCCGGAAUGCGCGGCCGGCAGGCGGUGAAUUUGGUGGAGUGGGUCUGCGGGGACUGUCUGAGCGGUGGGGUUAGGAGCAAGCGGUGGCCGCUUGGAGUUAAGGCCAAGCAGAUUCUCGAUAUCAACGCCUCGCCGCCGAGCGACGUCGACGACAUCGCGGAAAUGCGCGAAUUGAGAAAGCACACUCCCGGUGGUAAUUCUUUUGGUGGCAAUCCAUUUGGUGCCCCAGUGACAAAUUCAAACUUCUUGUACUCUGGAAACGGAUAUGGCUUGGAAAAAGGUGCUGGGAUAAUGACACAUGCGACUAAAGUGGGUUGGGAAGAUAUAUUGCACUACACACAGACUACGGGUGGAAGCUUUGAGGAAUUAAGUUCGAGGUUUCCGCUCGGGAAGCAUAGUAAUAACAAUAAUACAGCUAUUAGAAUACCAUCCCGGAGUCCAGAUGAGAUAGUUCUACAGGCUCUUAGAGAUUACGUUUCUGAAAGGCAUGGCAUACUGGAGGAUGGUUGGCGUGUAGAAUUUAAACAGUCAACAGCCAGUGGUGAACCAUAUAUAGUAUACCGUGCACCAAAUGGGAAGACAUUUGGCUCAGUAUCUGAAGUUGCAUAUUUUCUUGGCUUGACGCCUAACUACAAUUCCAUGGGAUCUGAAAUAAGACGGGAGGGUUCUCUUUCUAAUACUGAGAAGACUUAUCUACCUAGAAAAAGAAAGUCAAGACUCUUAUAUGCCAAUGGAUUAGCUGAAAAUAAGGAAAGUUUGCUCAGUGGCUAUUGCAAGGAGCUCUCUUCCAAUGGUAUAAGUACAGAAGCUUUUGCCUGUGGUUUUGGAAAUAAUGUAAAACUUACUGAAGCAGGGACAGAAGAACAUGGUUGCAUUGGGUCUCGGCAAAGUACUGAGGGAUUUCCGGUGCAGUUUGAAGAUUUCUUUGUUCUUUCUUUGGGAGAAGUUGAUACAAGGCCUUCUUAUCAUGAUUCAAAUCAGAUCUAUCCUGUAGGUUAUAGGUCAUGUUGGCAUGAUAAGGUUACUGGUUCUUUAUUUGUGUGUGAAGUUUUAAAUGGUGGUGAUUCUGGACCUGUUUUUAAGGUCAGAAGAUGUUCGUGUUCUGCCUUGCCGGUUCCCGAGGGUUCAACUAUCCUCUGUAGGUCACAACUUGGCAACUUUUACAGUCAAAUUAAUCAAGAAAGUCAUGACUUGACUUCUGAUAAUGAUGGAAGUAUCCAGAUGAUUCUGUCAGAUCCUUCUCCACCUAUGGAAAAUGAUAUUUUGUCUUGCCUGAGGAGUUGUUCAGUUGAAGUCAGUGAUGUUCAGACAUCAGCUGAACCGCAGUUUGAAGAUAAUUCCGUUUAUGAAAAAUCUGGAACUCUUUCAUCUGCUGAUUUGGGUGUGAUGGAUGACAUUGGUGAGAUUUCAGUAGAAGACCAUUCUUCAUCUGCAGCUUGGGGAAUGAUUUCAAAAAAAAUUGUUAAUGCUUGUUCUGAAAUAUUUAAACAGAAGGGCAUUCUUAAAGUUUUCUGUAAGCAUGUUGAAAAUGCUCAAGGCUCCCAAAAUGAGGUUAUAACAAAUGACAGUGGCAACGUGAACCAAUCUCCACUGGACAAGUUUUGUAGUUCAGCAGGUUCUGUCAGCAUCUCUUCUGAACUUCGGGCCGAUGAUGAGCCUGGCUUUUCUUAUGACGUACUAGCAAAUUGGCUAGAUCAGGACAGAUUUGGAUUAGAUGUGGAUUUUGUGCAAGAACUUUUGGAGCAGCUUCCUGCUGCCCAAUCCUGUUCUCAAUAUCAAUUUCUUAACGAUAGAAGUUCUAAUUCUACACAGCUAACUGUUGGAAAUGGGCUUCUAGUGGUUAAAAUGGGAGCUGGAUUACAUGGUAAAGAAGAAGUGUUGGAUGGUUUGUUUAGGAGGUCCAAAAAAGUGAAGUUGGUCAAGGAUCACCUCAAGAAUGAUCAUCCACCUCCUCAUGGGAAGCCAUUGUGCUUGAGGAUUCCUCCUGCCCUUGUUGAUGAUGUUUAUCAGGUUUGGGAAUUAUUGUCGCGCUUUGAUGAAAUUUUGGGUCUAAAGGAGGCUUUUUCAUUGGAAGAACUUGAGGAGGAACUUAUUGACCCUUGGUUCGGCAGGUCAGAUCUUUCAGAGAAGUUCGAUAGGGAAAACCAGGGCACUCAAGCUUUAAAUUCAAAUAGAAUUGAUUAUUCAAGUGGUCAAUUAUCUUUGACCAUGGAGUCUGGCUCGACCGUUUCUAGGAAUAAUCCACAUGCAUUCAUACAUAUGGAAACUGGAGCAAUGAAGGAGGCAGCUCAAGAUAAACUUGCAUCUGUUACUUAUAGCAGAUGUUCUGGCAUAGCUUUGACGAAGGCUCAUGCAUCACUGCUAAGAGUGCUCAUAGGUGAGUUGCAGUUUAAGGUUGCUGCCCUGGUGGAUCCGAAUUUUGAUUCUGGAGAUCUGAAGUCAAAACGGGGAAGGAAGAAAGACAUUGAUAUUUCAAUUCCUGUGAAAAGAGCGAAGGUUAAUAUACUCCCAAUUAAUGAACUGACUUGGCCAGAGUUAGCACGGAGAUACAUCUUGGCUGUAUUAUCCAUGGAUGGCAACCUUGACUCGCCUGAGAUUACCGCUCGUGAAAGCAGUAAAGUGUUUCGCUGCUUACAAGGUGACGGUGGGGUGCUCUGUGGGUCCUUAUCUGGAGUAGCUGGGAUGGAAGCAGAUGCACUUUUGCUUGCAGAGGCUACAAAGCAAAUUUUUGCUUCACUUAACAGAGAGCAUGAUGUAUUUACCAUAGAAGAGGAGGUGUCUGAUGGACCAGCUGCUGUUGAUAAGAAUUUGGGGAAUGAUGGUAAUAAGCCACUAUGGGCGCAGGUGUUGGAACCUGUUAGAAAGCUACCGACAAAUGUCGGAACAAGAAUCAGAAAAUGUGUUUAUGAGGCUUUGGAAAAGGAUCCACCUGAAUGGGCGAGGAAAAUACUGGAACAUUCAAUCAGUAAAGAAGUUUACAAGGGCAAUGCAUCAGGGCCUACAAAGAAAGCUGUUCUGUCACUGCUAGCAGAUGUAUCGGGUAAAGCAUUGCCACAAAAGGCUGAGAAGGGAAGAAAACGGAAGAUAAAUGUCUCUAUUUAUGAUGUUAUCAUGAAACAAUGCCGCAUUGUAUUGCGUCGUGCUGCUGCUGCAGAUGACACAAAGGUUUUCUGCAAUUUGCUCGGGAGAAAGCUAAUGAAUUCAAGUGAUAACGAUGAUGAGGGUCUUCUAGGAUUGCCAGCCAUGGUGUCUCGACCUUUGGACUUCAGGACUAUUGAUUUGAGAUUGGCAGCUGGAUCCUAUGGGGGAUCACAUGAAGCCUUUCUAGAGGAUGUCAGGGAGUUAUGGAGCAAUCUACGUAUUGCUUAUGGGGAUAAGCCUGAUUUGGUUGAGUUAACUGAGAAGUUAGCCCAAAAUUUUGAAACAUUAUACGAGGAGGAGGUUGUCCCUCUUGUUCAUAAGCUUGCAGAGUAUUCAAAGUUGGAAGGCCUCAGUUCUGAAAGGAAAAAGGAAAUUGAUGAUUUACUUACUUUCACAAAUGGGAUUCCCAAAGCCCCUUGGGAUGAGGGAGUUUGCAAAGUAUGCGGCAUUGAUAAAGAUGACGACAGUGUACUGUUGUGUGAUACUUGUGAUUCUGAGUAUCAUACAUACUGUUUGAAUCCUCCUCUUGCAAGGAUCCCGGACGGAAACUGGUAUUGCCCCUCUUGUGUUGUUUCUAAACAAAUAGUUCAAGAUGCAUCAAAACAUCGUCUGGUCAUUAGAAGACGUCGUAAAAAUUACCAGGGAGAAGCUACCCGGGUUUUCUUGGAGACACUUGCACAUUUAGCAGUGAAAAUGGAAGAGAGCGAGUAUUGGGAUAUCAACGUUGAUGAGAGAACAUUCCUGCUGAAGUUCUUAUGUGAUGAGUUGCUUAGUUCAGCAGUUAUUCGUCAACACCUUGAAUAUUGUUCUGAGACAUCAACCGAGUUGCAUCAGAAAUUGCGUUCUUUAUCUGUAGAAUGGAAGGUCCUCAGGUCUAGACAAGAAAUUUUGGUUUCAAGAGCUGCAAAGGUCGAUGCUGGUGACGGUACAAAGGAAGGGAUUUCGGCUUCGGUUGAAACCAAUGAAAGAUGUCUUCAUCAACCACAGGUUUUGAGUGGCAGGUCUAACUCCUUCAAUGCAGUCUCUGAUGAUUCGGCACUAGAGGGUGCUCAAGGGUUUGAUAAACACCCAUCUGUCAGUAAUGCAGAAUAUAAUAGCCAACAUUCUGUAGACACUGAAGUUAGGGAAAAAGAUGUCCAUUCUGCUUCAGAUGACAUCUCUGCACCUGGGAAGUUUUCUUCACAUAUGACUGCCGAUAAAAGUGAAAUAUCCUCUAGACAAAUUGAGUUUCCUUCAUCAAAUUGUUUGCCACAUGAAAUCAAUGGGUCUAGUAAAGAAAUCGGUUGCGUUGAUCAUCCACAAGACAAUGCGGAAAUGGAUGUUUCUCUGCCUAUAGAUCAGAAAGGAAUUAGCAACCCUUCAGAUGUGAGGAGUAAUCAUGUGGGAGAGCAGAUGUCACCUGCUUCUGUGAAUGAAUCAGAGUCCUACCACCUUGAGUUGAACUCUGUCAAAAAUGAUUUAUCAGUUUUGGAGGAUUUGAUUGCGAGUACAGAAUUCGACCUCUUAAAGGUGUCGGUGCGGAGAGAGUUUUUAGGAACUGAUUCCCUUGGUGGCUUAUACUGGGUUUCAGUUCUUCCGGGUGGACAUGCUUGGAUUAUUGUAGAUCGAAGUGUGUCAUUUAAACAUGGUAUAAAUAUGAAAGAUUGCAGAGACCCUGUAUGGAGGAGUUCUGUUACACAGAGUUGUGGUCCAAACAACAGCAUUUCCUUUAGGGCACCUUGGGUUUCUUAUCAAACUGAUACAGAAAUUGAAGAACAUGGUUGGUUAAAGAACAAGCACCCUAAGGAAAGAGAGCUGAGGGACUCAAUUCUGCACUGGAAAAGGUUGAGGUUCCAAAAGUUUGAGAAAAUUAGAAGCCGAGGUCAGGAUGAUCACCUAACUGCUAUUUCAGUGACUAGAAAUGCUGAUAAAACUGAAAUUUCUGAUCGUCUUGGUACUAGGGCAGCCACUUUGCUGAAGAAGAUGUAUGGUCCAUGCUCCGAGAUGGAAACCACCGACAUCUCCAAAAAGUGGGGAAAGAGAGCUAGAGUAACCAAUGAUGAGAAAGGGUACCGGUGUGAAUGCUUGGAACCCAUUUGGCCCAGUAGACACCAUUGCCUCUCUUGCCACAGAACCUUCUCCACUGAUGCUGAACUUGAGGGGCAUAACAAUGGUAGGUGCAUUCCAACUUCAGCAGCCUGUGAGAAGGGAAGGGAAAUAGGUGAUUCUUCUAAAGUUAAGGGGAGUAUGAAGUGUGAGAUGAAUCGGGAAGAGGGCAGAGGUGAACUGAACAGUGUUGAAACUUCUAAAAGUGCUUGUUCAGAGCUUAGUGCAAAGUUGAUUAAGUUUCAAAAUGGAAGUUUAGGUUGCCCAUAUGAUUUUGAAGAGAUCUGCUCCAAGUUUGUGACCAAUGAUUCAAACAAGGAUUUGAUACAGGAAAUAGGUCUCAUAGGUUCACAAGGAGUUCCAUCUUUUGCCCCAGCAUCUCCUUAUCUGAGUGAUUCUACGCUAGCGACAAUCUCUCAGAAAGAUGUCGGUGUAUCUGGUAAUGGACUGGGGCCUGCCGAACAGCUAGUUUCACAAGGAAAGACUAAUGUUGAUAUUGUAAGCAGUAACAAUCUAUCCUGGACAGGUGAUGGAAUGAUGUUACUAAAUGCUAACAAACUAACUUUGGGAUCUCUGGAACGAGGGGAGGAAGGACAUUCAAAUAGCCAUUCUUCUGUUGUGGGGGCUGGUCGUUUCUGUGUGGUCCCCCAGUCUUCUUUGAGGCCCUUGGUUGGCAAAGUUUGUCAAAUUUAUAAGAGACUCAAGAUCAAUCUGCUUGAUAUCGAUGCUGCAGUCCCUGAGGAAGCUCUAAGACCAUCAAAGGCACAGUUGGAAAGGAGAUGGGCCUGGCGUGCGUUUGUUAAAUCAGCAGUGACAAUAUAUGAAAUAGUUCAGGCAAUGAUUGUGCUGGAGGACAUGAUAAAGACUGAGUAUCUAAGGAAUGAGUGGUGGUAUUGGUCAUCAUUUUCAGCUGCUGCCAAAAUUUCAACUAUCUCUGCACUUGCUCUGCGUAUAUACUCUCUUGAUGCUGCUAUCCUGUAUGAGAAGAUGCAUCCUAGUUCCAAUCUGACCGACAAGUUGGAGCCCAGCAGCGCACUGGACCUGAAGCCGCUUCCUGUUUUGGAUUCAGCAGAAAAAACAAGGUCAAGCAGGAAAUCUAACAAGAAAAGGAAGGAGACAGAGGGUUGAUAUUAGUGUGAUUCUGAGUUUGUGGAGAUUAAUCCGGACAGGGUUGUUCUCAGUGGACAUGAAGCAGUUGUGGGUGACAGUGAAAAUGACCGUCACACCACAUUUUGGGUGGCAUUGGACCAGAACAAACCAACAACUAGUUUGACAAAUUGAAGGUAGUCACUGCCGCUGCUUCUGAAGCGUUGAUCUGUACAUAAAGGGUAAAGCUUACAUGCUAACUUGGAUGCGGAGUAUGAAAGCAGUGUUUGUACAAUAUCUGCUUAGAGGAUUCGAGUAGCUGGACAAAUUUUAUAUGUGCAGAUGAAUCCAAUUUUCAAUGAUUUCUGCUGCUGCUCUCAGAAUUGUUGCUUGGAAAUGGAGAAAAGGAAUCAACUGGCAAAGAGAGCGAGACCGAUAUAUAGAUAUAGUGGGAACUUAGUGUAAAAAGACAGAAAAAACGAAAAAGAAAAAAAUUGGCAAAUGUUGAGCUUUUCAGGUUUUUAGGCAAUAUUUCAUUCUUUAUACAA